GCGAUUUCAGAAUUUUUAUCAAAGAGAUGUUGAUCUCGGAAAAGCUGCUUUUCCUGUAUAGAUAAAAAUGAUUGGAGGACGCUAUUGGCAGAGGGCAACAUUUCAUAUGAAAAUCUCGUAGUGUGACGCAUCGAAGCGAUUUGUGGUAUGAAUAACCGGGCAACCGGUUCGUUCUAAUAACCUACUCCCACGAGGGUCUGUGCACGCUGAAAAGCAAAGUCGAGUUUAGUCGUCGGCUGACCGAAGUCGGGCCUGUACCGUGGGGCCUGGUACGCCGAUGCUAGUGCCGUCUACUGUCCUCGCAGAGAAAGCUGGGCCUUCGUUCCUUUCGCGCACACGGUACGUGAAUUGAGCAGACUUUUGACCCUGAAUACCGGUUCGGUGUCGGGUUCCGGUUGUGCUGGAUGUAAUUGUCGGAGGGUUUUGUGCGGGGAGAAAGGAUAGUUGGAAAUAUCGUAUAUGAUUAGAGAAUGAAUGAGGAAAAGCUAGUGAAGUGUCGAGAAUUAAUGAGAUAGGCUAUGGAUAUGUAUUAGUAGCACAGUGUAUGAAUAAAGUGCAUGAAAAUGAGAUAUUAAGUGUUACAUUGAAUCUAAUACAUUGAAUCUAUAUUGUUAUAUUGGAAUAAUUGUUAUAUUGAAACUGUUUGGAAGCCAAAUUUCAUCAUAGUAAAUAUGCGUCUCCAGAUUCUUAGUUUGAUAUUUUUUGCAAGUGUAAUACUCGUGAGGCAAAUUUCAGCCCAUGGAAGAUUGAUAGAACCACCAUCAAGAGCUUCAAUGUGGAGAUAUGGUUUCGAUACUCCUCACGAUUACAAUGAUCACGAAUGCUAUUGCGGAGGAUUUACUAGGCAAUGGCAACGAAAUAAGGGAAAGUGUGGCAUAUGCGGCGAUGCUUGGGAUGCAUCAACGCCUCGUCUGCACGAGACAGGUGGCAAAUACGGAAAUGGUGUGAUAGUGAGAAAGUAUCGAACAGGUUCGGUGAUACCGGUCCGUGUGGAACUCACAGCGAAUCACCACGGUUACUUCGAGUUCCGUACAUGUGCGAUGACCUACAAGGACAAGGAAGUCGACCAGAAUUGCUUGGACCAACAUCUACUUCAGUCGAAGAAUGGAUCGAUCAGAUAUUAUCCCGGCCCAGGAAACAAGAUCUUCGAGGCUUUCUACAAAUUGCCGGACGAUCUGACUUGCGCCCAAUGCGUUUUUCAAUGGAGAUACGUGGCUGGAAAUAAUUGGGGCGACUGUGGAAACGGAACAGGAGCUGUAGGUUGCGGUCCUCAAGAAGAAUUUCGUGCUUGCGCUGAUAUUACCAUCGGGGAUGACGUGGAACCCCUUUCACCUGCAGAGCCACCAAUUCCGAAAUCGGUUCCAGGAGAAAAAUCGCCAACAGAGCCAACAUUGGUGCCAGAACCGAGUGGAUCAUAUUGGUUAUUCAGUGUUAUUAUCGCUGGUACGUGCCUGUUGGUUGUACUGGCGGCUAUGGCAUUGCUUUAUGCAUAUUACUAUCACUCUGGCCGAGCCAAAAAAUGGCUUAUGGCGAGGAGAUUGACACCUGAAAGUCCACCUGUCGCUCCACCGAGGCAUAAAAAACACAACACGUCCAAUGCACCAUUGCAGCUAUAGAAGGAUAUUUGUACUUGAUAGUAAGGUGACCAAAUAUGCACAAAGAAAAGUAAAAAGAAUUGUAUAAUUCUGUAAUAAUUUCUGUAAAUGUUGCUUUGACAUUAUUUUACAAUAUCUUUUAACAAUAAUAGGUCAUGUGUGUAUAUGUAAUAUAUGUAUACAUAAAAAAAGAAUUUUUUCUCAUUAAGAUAAGAGAAAAAUGGUCACCCUGAUUUAUUUCUACUUGCAAUGCAACUUCCUUUGUUCAUUUUCUUUUUUAUAUGUAUUCAGAAUAUUUUAUAUGUAUUCAGAAUAUUGUAUUAUAUUCAGAAUAUUUUUCUAUCGUGCGUGUCUGUGCGAAAAAGUAUACAUAUAUCUUCGUGUCAUUGUAAUGUAUGCGUGAUGGGAAAAUUGUUCUCGUUUUAUAGUUAGAGUAACAUCGCUCACCUUGCACACAUUCAUCUUGUAUAUAUAAACUUUCUUACAUUAAACAUAUUUAUUUUCUAAGAAUUUAUGAUUCUUAGUUUUAUUCCCUUCAUUUUUUUCUUUUCUUUUUAAAUAAAUUCUUAAAUCUCUGAAAGAGAUUUUGUUCAUUAUAUAGUACUUUAAGAAAUAUCUAAUUGAAAAUUUUUCUCAUAUAUACAUAUAUUAAAGCACAUUCGAAAAAAAACAAGGAUUUAAGAAAUU